GACGAUCACGGGCAUCUCUGCGUAUCAGAUGGCCCAUUUUAGAGGUUGUAGUAUUGCUACUAAGAUGUCCUGGGCCGCAGGCCGGCAGACCACUCGUAUCGAAGACGAAGCUUACUGCCUACUCGGCUUGUUUGGCAUAAAUAUGCCUUUACUCUACGGCGAAGAGGAAAAGGCGUUUAUCCGUCUGCAGCAGGAGAUUUUGAGAGUCUCAGAUGACGAAACGCUUUUUGCGUGGCGAGGUUCCCUUAGAAACAACAAUAUCCCCGAACUACCAAGAUGUUCUCUGCGGAAUGCUUGCUAGAUCCCCCAUUUGUUUUUCUAGAUCUGCUCACUAUGAGCCGUUUAUCAUAGACGACCAGCGGGCCGAGUAUGCGAUGACUAACAAAGGACUUGGUAUGACUAUUGACGUAUGGAGGUAUAUUGGGCCGGAGGCUGAAAAGGGUGCGCGGCCUAAACGCUAUCUCGCACCGUUAAACUGCCGGUCCACGAUAGAUAAUAAAGCCGCGGCAGUAAUCUUGCUACACGAAGGAGAGGAAUCCUACGUUCGUACAGACCCUCACGAACUAGCCCCUUUUCACGACGAGGUUUCGAAGACUGAUCUCUGGGAGUUAAUUCCCAGGAAAAGGCUAUAUGUAAGGCAGAUCGAAGAGCAUUCCGGUACCCCUAAGGACCUAUUACAAUCGAUAUAUCACUUCACCUUUCGUGCCACGUAUGCCAUACGCUUACGGAAGUUCUACGAGUAUCCAAGUGGAUCAUACAUCACCUCUAGGAUAUUAGACUAUGAAGAUAUAUAUCGCGACUCUAAUCAUCUAACGGUAGCCAAGCGCAGUUUUCAAAUGCUUAUACUCGUGGUUAUUGCGGAUAUGGAGAUGGUUCUAUGCGUUUCUACGUUUAAUAACUUCUUCGCGUUAUCGAUGUACGUGAAAAGCGACUUUCCGAAGAUGACAGACAUAUUAGACGAAGCAGAGGCAAAUUUGAAGCAAGCUACAGAUACUGUACACUUGGAGUUUCCAGAACAGAAUUUGGUGGUUAAGGCAAGAAUACGGCCUAAGCCAACAUUAGACGAUGAGGCGGAAAUUAUUGAAAAGUCUGUCCAACUCGACAUAGAUUGCCAAACUUACGAUUAUUUUGACCCCUUUGACGAAUGGGAUUUAUUACCUGAACACUUGAACCCCGAGUGGCGUCCAGUGCUGCAACAUCAAGAGUCAAGGCGCAGAUAUCCGCCGUCGCCGUCGUCUCUACCAUAUCAAGAACCACCUACAGAGAGGGGGUAUCUUCCGGAAACGCUAUAGACGACAGGAAACAGCGACAAGUUCGUUCCGCAAAAGAAAGUAUUUCGCACGCAAAUAAACAGGUUAAGUGUAUGAUUUCUAGUAAGACCAGGCCUAUAAUCCCGACUAGACGAU